AUGGCAAGCCCGCAAGUGCCGCGACCCCGCAGCCUGGUCGCCAUUCGCUCGCGCCACGCGUGCCAGUGCUCCAACGCGCUCACCAUCUCGUCCCUCUCGUCCCUCCUGUCCGACCUGAGCUCGUCCCACGCCGCCCACUCGCGCGACGACCGCAUCGCCGCCUUCCGCCAAGACUGGCUCCUCGGCCUCCUCGCGCGCACCCGACCCCUCGAACUCGUCCCGCAUGGCCACGAGGAGACCUAUUCGGACGGCAUGCACUCGCCCGCCUCGUCCUUGUCCUCGUCAGCAGCCCCGCCGGCCUCGAGCCGGGCCCCCCUCGUAGACGCCGCCGCCGCGAGUGCCCGCUCGGUCCUCCCCUCGACGCCGACGCCGACGCCCGACGACGACCACGCCGACGUCCCGCCCACCCCGCUCGUCCCACACGACGCCCUCUCGCGCGGCGUCCUGUUCGAGCGCACCCUCAAGCGCCACCUCGCCCUCUCUCACCAGCUCGUCCGCCACCGCGACUUUGCCUCUCUGGCCUCGGCCGCGCGCCGCGCCAUGCGCCUCGCCCUCUCGUGCCCCUCGCGCCCCUCGCCCGAGUCCGUGCCGGUGUACCUCGCGUGCGGGCUCGUCGACAGUGUCGACUGGACGCACGAGUACCGCGAGAGGGGUUGGGCGGCACCGGGCGUCAGGUGGGGGGUCUUGAGGCCCGACUUGGUGCGGUUUGUCGAGGUCGAGGGCGGCAAGGGCAAGAAGGCGGGCGACAAGGAGGGGGACAGGGUCGUCGAGUGGGAGGUCGUCGAGGUCAAGUGGGCGGGCAAGCAGACCGACUUUACCUACACCAACUGGAAGAUCCAGGCCGGCUUCUACCACCUCACCCUCUCGCGCCUCCUGUCCCAGAUCCCCAACCUCGUCCCCUCGCACAAGCUCACCUUCUUCAUCUCGCACGACCCACACUCGGCGGCGGCCUACACCGAGCGCAGCGUCGCGCUCCGCACCACGAUGGCGUUCGUCGAGCACCACCUCUUUGUGCUCGUCCCGAGGUGGCUCGACGCCGUCACGGUGCGCGAGUGGGACCGGCUCCAGGACGGGUUGAGGUCGACGCCGCAAACGCCAACCCGCACCGCCGGUGCGCCCACCCUCGGCGCCUCGACCGCCGCCGCUGCUGCUGCAGGGCCGCACACGUUCCUCGAGAAGCUUCAGGCGAGCAUCGCU